UUUGCUCUGCUGCCCGCGAUCGUGUCCAAGAUCAGCAGAAGAUCCACGUGCAGAUGGAAAAGUGCAUGUUUAGGAAAGAGUAUUUUUGUGCCAUAUGGUGUUUACAGGUGAAUAAAAUCAUGGAACCUUCAGCCCCGUAACUUAUAUCGCCUACGGUUUGACGUCGCGUUAAUGAUAAUAAGCAGUAAAGGGACACAUAUAGCAGUCUGUGAUUUCCUUUAUCGGCUCCAUGUCAUGAAAGUAGUUUAUCUUAAGUAGCUUAUUACAUUUCAGACGCACCCUAAACUCACGCCCACUUUUCACGAAACGAAAGUUGAGAGAAAUGCGCGAGCUCUAUUGCUCUUCCUCGGUCGCAUCAUGUUUGUGGAGCUCAUGAUAUAAGCGUGAUCGGAUCAGAGCAGCCGAGUGUCAAAUACACGAUGACAUGCCUUGACAUGUAUGUUCAUUUGUGACAACACACACACCUGCACUUCUGUAGACAUCACCUCAGAAUGAAGUGUCUUCAAUGCAAUCACGUGCCUUUGGAAAAGUUUCCUAAAUUCUGCAGUGAGUGCGGCUUUAAGAUGUCAUCAGAGUCCAGUGAGACGGCAACAGCCAUGUCACAAGUCGAGUCUCAAUCUUCGGCAAACAUUCCAUGUGGCAUGGAAGCAGAAAUGAGUGAUGUGGGACUGCAGUCAGAAAUGCUGGGUGACCAGAAUGCCAGUAUAUCUCCAAAGCGUCCAAAUGAAGAUACCAACCUUACCCCCCAAAAAAAGAAAAGAAAGAAAAAGAAGAAAAAAGCAGGUAUUACAGUGGGCCCUUCUUCUCUGACCUCUGACAUAUCUCUGACUGGUAAAGAUGAGAAAAUGGAUGAAGGUCAGUCGUCUGACAGUGAUGACUCCAGCUGCACUGCACAGGUCAUGCAGAAGUCAGCUGAAUCCUCCUCUCAUUUGAGCAAAGCAGAGAAGGAAAGCACUGGGAACGUAAGCGCUUCAUCUUUAGAUGCUGCUAAAGGUCAGUCUGUGGAGAGUUGUGCAGAGCCUGGAUUGACUCAAGAGCUGAGCAGUACCUGCACUGCCAAAGCUUGUCCACCACCAGAUCAGCCAACUGAGAAAGUUGACCGUGAGAAUAAAGGCCAGACGAGUACAACCACAGGAGCACAAACUCCAGUCGAUCAGAAAGCAAACAUGAAGAGCAGCACAGGCAGUCAAAGAGAGACGGAUGCUGAAGAACAGAAGAAUCAGAUCUCCAGUGGACAUUCACCAGUCAAGCUUGAGCAGAGUCAGAAGCAGCAGUCUACUCGUUCUGGCAAGAAGAAAACAGAAUCUGAGAAACACAAGGAAACCAGAAAUCUGAAUGAUGAACCAAAGGAGUCCUCACAGAAGAUGAUGUUUGGGCCACAGACUGGACUCAAGAAGGAUAACGGCACCAGUGGAGAUUCACCAGGGAAGUCAGAGCGCAGACCGAAGAAAGAUUCUGCUGCUCACAACAAACCCAAUGAAAGCAAGACAGAGAGUCAACGUGACGCACCUCCUAAAAGAAAUCCAACACCCACUCAGCAUAUAAACUCCAGUGACAGACUUACUAUUUACUUUCAUGCAGUCUUGUCAAAAGACUUCAAGUUUAACUUAAAUGAGGAUCGUGUCUUCAUAAGGGCUGGAGGUCACAUUGGUGACUGGGAAAAAGAUCUGGUUGAACUUACUGUGUCUCGGGAUCUUGACGUGCAUGGAUUCCUUGUUGAAGGGAAACUUGUGUGUAAAAAGACCGGUGCAGGACCCUUCCCAUACAAGUAUGUUGUGUAUAAAGAAAUAAAGGGGAAGUAUGAGUUUGAAUACAUCUACAAACUGGAUUCAAAAGAAACAACCAACAGAUGUCUCUUCUUCAAACCACAUCUACUAAACGCUGAAGGGGAAUGGCAUCAGUAUGACGAUAUAAUCUGUGCAGAACCGUCUAAGGUAACACGGUUUAAAGAAAAAUUUUGGCCAGAGCAGAGGAAAGGUGUCAUACAGGGGAGAGAAAUUGCUGGAAGGGUCAUGCUGGAGACGAUCUUUGACCUCCUGAGAAACUGGAGCAAAACCAACCUCACCAACUUCUUCAGUCAGCUCAGACAGUUUUAUGAAGUCUAUGGAAACCCUUUGGUAUAUGAAGAGAAAGAGACAAAAUGGUUCUCACUGGAUUAUAAUGAAAAAGAUGUGAGCAGUCUUCUGAAGCGCUUCAUGCUGGAGCGAGUGACUCCAGAGCUACAGAAGGACUGCGAGGGAAAGAGUUCAUUCAUCCAGGAGCCCAUGAAGCGUGCGUUCAUUAUGCUUUAUGUCUGGAAACACUUUGCUCUGGACUUGGACAACGCUGCUCUUUCUCGUCUCUGCUUUGGCCUCUGUCUGCCUAAUCUACAGAAGAAUGACUUCCUGUCCUUCUGGGAUGACUUGACUGAAUCAUUCUCAGAAAUAAAGAACUGGUCUGAGAUGGUGAUGACGCUGAUCCUCCGAGUGAGUGCGGCCAAAAUGAUAAAAUGGGUCAUUGUCAUUCCACUGAUGCACUUUCUCAAAGGCACUUCAAAACCAUUUGAGCCCGUGUUUAACAAGGUCAACUCACAGUACGGACAGAUCUGGGCUGGACUCCAGGGACUCAAAGGAGCUGAAGUACUUUCCUUUUCAAGCCAAGAACGAAGGGCAAUCUUGAACCUCAUGAAGACUCAUGGAUAUCUAGUUGAGGUGGACAGGCUGCUGGCCCGGUCUUGGAUGUAUCUGGUGACAGUAGAUGAGCUGGUGGAAUGCAGCUCCAUCAUUCAUGUGGAGCUCCAGGACAUCUUGCAGGUUUUCACCAUGAAAUGCCCUGAUAAUAUCAACUAUAGCUCUUACACAGGUGUUUCAGAGACUCUGGCACACAUUCACAGUCAGUUGCUCGAGCAGAGAUACAGCUGUCAGAAUGAGGCCGAUGGCGUUCUGUGCAUACAAGCAGCUUGCAAACUUCUAGAGAAGAUCUGCAGAGGAGUUCCUAACUACACCUACUCCCAGAAUUUCACUGAGAUUCCUGUCACUUGCAUCAACCUGGUGGCCUCCGUAUCAGGAUUUUCUGAGCAGGAGGAGAGUUUUUCUGAGAAGAGUCUUGCGUUCCUCAGUGAGGCCAGACAGACCGUCCGAGCGUGGAUCAGACAAGCGUUCAGAGGCCGGCUUUUGAACAAAAGCUAUCUGGCGGCUGUCAGCUUCACUUCAGAGAUCGAGAUGUGGAAUAACAUUAUUGCCAUAGAUUUCAGCAGUAAGGACUUCACUAAAGAAUGGAGAGAGACCUUUAUACGAGACUUUAAGGGGAAAUAUCAACAGGAAGAGCAACUUGAUCAAAUUGAGAUUUAUUGCUCAAAGAUUGAGGAACUUAAUGGAUCGCAGCCUUUUCUUGCGAGUUGUGUAGAGAAGUGUGCUCUCCAGGCUGUGACCACAAUAUGUCAGACUAAAUCUGAGGGGAAACUUUUUGAGAGACUCAGUAAAUUGCACAUAAACUGGAAGUUUGGAAAGCUUGUGUCCACCAUCAUCUUAAAGUCAUGGCCAAAAGAUGACAAAGGAAACUAUGUGGACGAAGAAGAAGUUGUUCUCAAACAUCUUCUGGGCUGGACAGCGGCCAAAAAUAUCUUUCAGCUUCAUGGUGCUGAUGAAAAACUGAUCGAUCAGCUUUCUGAAGAAGCUAAAGAGCAGUUAGCCAUCGCAACAUCAUUAUUCACAAGCAUUUUAAAUCAACUUGUGACAGGAAACAUAAAGAUUAAACUUCUCAAUGUCAUUCUGAAGAAGAGUGCUGCAUUCCUUGAGCUGCUCAGUUUAGAGUGUUUUUGUGAAAAUGAACAACACGAGGACAUCAACGCCAUGAAGAGGCUUCUUCGCUCUCGACAAGAGGAGGUGAAGGCUAUCCAUCACGAGAGCAAGCUGGUGGUCGCUCUCAUUACAAUGUGCCGCAGUCUAGAGGAACAUGUGAUCGUUCAAUUUGAAGAGUUGGAAGAAAAACACCAUUUUGACACCAAUGAGAUGGAGCUGGCCGAGUUCAUGGAUGUUCAUUUAUUAAAUCAAGUUUCCUCUCCAGUGUCAAGAGUCACCUACUUUCAGCUCGAGGACGAUGUUCGCUCUAUGGCAGAGGUCCUAAAUAUCUAUAAAGAAAGCUUUGUUUUCAAAUCGUGUUGGGUGAAUGAGGCAAAAGAGUUUGCAGAGAGGGGUGUAUUUCCUUCAGAGGAGGAAACGGAUAUCAUCACACUUGAAGAUCUAAACAGAGAAAUAUUCGAAACUUGUUAUGAUACCUACAAAACCAUAUACACAACACUUAAAGAUGGUUGCAUCACUUUUGAAGACGUUGAUGUAAUAUUCAGAGCCUACAAGGGAAAGUAUGAAGAACUUGCAGCGGAAGUUGCCGUCAUUUGCAAACUGGAUGGCAGUGAUGACCAGCGCUGGGUCCAGAGCAGAAUCCAGCAGAUCCAGCAGUACCAUGAGCUUCAUCUGGCAGUCGAGUCGGCUCAGGUGGUCAUGAAAGUCAAAGAGACGCUCUGCCUACAAGGAGACUUUCAAGUCUUGGAGAAGUUGCUUACACGCUUGGAUUUUAAACAGGAUCGUCUGGACAGCAUUGACGUGGAGUUGAUUCAGGCAAAAACUAUGCUUGUGGACAUCACAGAGUCCCGCAGACUGUGCCUUCAGGAACUUGGCAUCAGAAAGAAUUUUGUCUUGUGGGUUAAAGAGGCUCUUGAAGACAUCAAUGAGUUGAAGGUGUUUGUGGAUUUGGCUUCCAUCUCUGCUGGAGAGAAUGAUUUGGAUGUGGAUCGUGUGGCCUGUUUUCAUGAUGCAGUUCUUGGCUACUCCUGCAUGCUCUAUGAUUUAAAGCCAGAGGCCAACUUCAAUCUUUUUAAAGAAGUGCUGAAGAAACUGUGGAAGGCACUCGACAAUGACUCCAACCUCCCCAAAAAAUUGUGCGACUCUGCAAGGCACCUAGAAUGGUUGAAGACGGUCAAGGACAGCCAUGGUUCAGUGGAACUGUCCUCUUUGUCUUUGGCAUCAGCUAUCAACACAAACGGCAUCUACAUUAUCAGUGCACAAAAUCAAAAGAAGUUAUGCUUGGAAAAUAUUCUGAAGAUACAAAUUAAGGAAGAGCACGAUGAGGGCUGUGAGACACGCAUUUAUUCUCUUGAAGACCUCAGGGAUCUUCAGAAUAAAUUGAUGCUUAUGUCUGGCAAAGGAGACCAGGGCCAGUGUGAAGUCGAUCAGUUUGCAGAGGUGUUUGCCAGUGUACAGAGGUUGGCCUCUGCGUUUAUUGAUUUGUAUGUGGCUGGAAAUCCAUUGUUCAGACACUGGGAGGCAAAAGUCAACUGUAACAGUAAAGAAGCAUGCAUCAUAAUGGACUUCAACAUAGGGAGUGUGGUCAGUGCCAUCAUGGUGGAAGGUGAUGUCACAGAACAGUUGAUUAAGGUCUGUAAGAAAAUGGAGAGGUGCCUAUGUUUCUGGAAAGUUUUUAUGGACAAACAGAGAUCUCAGCAUUACUACUUAAACUAUUACACUGCAGAACAACUAGUCUACAUGUGCCGUCAACUCAGCCAAAACAAUGUGAUUCAAAUAGAAGAUCAAGCUCUUAUGAUGCUCUCUUUUAUCAAACCUAAUUGUUCUACUUCAGAUUUGAGACAGGCUUGGCACAGGCUUCAGUAUGAAGUCAUUAAGGAGGGUCCUGAGCAGAGCGAUGACUUUGACUUUCAAACUUUUGUCGAAGUCCCAAGUUUGAUUGACAGUGAUUGUACUGAGCAGGCAUCGUUUGAAGACUUGGAAAGUCAGAUGGGUCAUGCUAAUGAGGCAGAAAAGCUAGAUGUGAUUUGGAAUUUUUACAUGCGAGACAUGAACAAUCUUCUGCCAGACUCUCUUGAUGUCAGAAGUCUUGGAUAUCUUCUAGACAUUUUGGCCAACAGCCCCAGCGAAUACAAGGGUGACCGGUGUCCCCAGAAUCAGAAAAGAUCAAACAUUCAGAGGGAACUUCCGAAGGGAAUGGCUACUGGAAGACCAAAUCUGAUCGUCUGCCCUUCUGAAGAAAUUCUGCUGUCAUGCCUUUCAAUUUACAUGAGCAGCAAGAAUGAGCCUCUACCAACCUAUGAUGAAGUACUCCUGUGUAGUGCUUCCACUCCAUGUGAAGAAGUGGAACUUUUCCUCCGGCGCUGUCUCUCUGCUGGCUACAGGGGAAAGAAGAUUUACACAAUGCUCUAUGUGGACCAACUGACCUACGAAGUGAGCUACAAAGUGGAGCAGUUUUUUCAGCAUCAAAAUGCAAAGAGCGGAAAAGAUUACAGGCUGGUGUUGAUCUGCAGCUCUAAUAGAGAACAUACGUACCUUCCGUCAGCUUUUAGUCAAUUUAGGUUGCACUUGAUUCCCCAAGAGCCAAUCAUCAGUAUUCAGCAAUACCUUGGUAGACAUUUUACAGUGCCAACUGACGUAUCCAGUGCUGGUGCGGUGUUCAAAGACAGACAGUGUGUGGGAGUUGUAUCCUCACACAGAUCAGGAGUUGGUAAAUCCCUUUACAUCAGACGAAUGUAUGAGAAAUUGAAGAAGGUCACCAAGAAGCCUUCACAGCUGAAGUGCAUCAGGUUAAUUGAGUCAAAAGUAGAUGAAAAUGUCAUCCUUCAGUCCUUGCUUAAAAGCCCUGAGAAAGAGGAGCUGUCAGUCUAUCAUUUUGAUGUCACCACCCUGGUAAAAAAGGGACUUCAUGAAUUUCUGUUCAGACUGUUGAUCCUUGGAUACCUUAUGGACUCCCAAGGAAAUAUGUGGAAAAACAGUAACAAGCACUUGUAUGUCAUCGAGAUCCUGAGACCUGAUGGUGGUGCGUACCGAAAUGACCAAAGAGCUGGUGCAAAAGUUCCCUGUGCUUUCUUGGAUGUAUUUCCAAGUGUUUACUGCCGUCCACCCAAAGAGGUACUUGAGUUGGAAAUGAGAAUCCAGGAAGAUCUGUCAUUAAUGGAGGAGGAUGAUCCCCUUAUGGAUGACCAAGAGUUCAAAAGUGAGGCAUUCCAGCGCCCUUAUCAGUACCUGCAACGGUUCUACAACAAUGUCAGUUUAGAUUCCUUCGUGUAUCAAGGAAUUGAGGGCACUCACGUGGAAUGCCUGCAGAUGUUGUUUGUGUACUGCGGCAUCAUAGACCCCUCUUGGGCAGAGUUGCGGAAUUUUGCUUGGUUCCUGAAUUUACAACUUCGGGAUUGUGAGAGAUCAGUAUUUUGUGAUUUUUCAUUCAUAGGGGAUACUCUUUUGGGAUUCAAAAACUUUGUAGUUGACUUCAUGAUUCUCAUGGCAAAGGAUUUUGCCACUCCUUCACUCAGCAUCUCUGACCAGAGUCCAGGGAAACUGCACAAUGAACUUUUCUCUGCCAGUGAAGAAGAUCUCGCUCCCUUUAGGAUAAGAAAACGGUGGGAGUCAGAACCGCAUCCGUACAUUUUCUUUAAUGAUGACCAUGAGUCCAUGACAUUCAUUGGCUUUCAUCUUCAGCCGAAUGUACAGAAUGGAAUUGAUGCUAUUGAUCCUUCAACAAAAAGAGUGAUCAAGCAGAACAUCAUGACCACAGAGCUCUACGAAGGCCUUAAACUACAGAGAGUUCCCUUCGAUAUUGAUUUUGACCAGCUCCCCAGAUGGGAGAAGAUUGAGAGACUUUCCAGGGUUUUGGGAAUACAGUGGCCUCUUGAUCCAGACGAAACAUAUGAGCUCACCACAGACAACAUAUUAAAAAUGUUGGCAAUUCACAUGCGCUUCCGCUGUGGGAUUCCUGUCAUCAUCAUGGGUGAGACCGGAUGCGGGAAGACCCGGUUAAUCAAAUUCCUUUGUGAGAUGCACAGAAGUGGGGUUGCCACUGACAACAUGAAACUUGUUAAGGUUCACGGAGGGACGACUUCAGACAUGAUCUACUCCAAAGUGAGAGAAGCAGAGGCCAUGGCAUUAAGAAACAAGCUGGAUUAUGGCUUUGACUCAGUCUUGUUUUUUGAUGAAGCAAACACAACAGAGGCCGUUAGCAGCAUUAAAGAAAUCCUCUGUGACCAGAGUGUUGACGGACAGCAUUUGACAAGUGAUACUGGUUUGCAAAUUAUUGCCGCCUGCAACCCAUACAGAAAGCACACCGAUGUUAUGAUCAAGAGAUUGGAGUCAGCUGGCUUGGGAUACAAAGUUCGUGCUGAGGAAGCAGACGAAAAGCUUGGAUCCAUUCCACUCCGACAGCUAGUGUACAGAGUGCAGGCUUUACCACCUAGCAUGAUUCCACUAGUUUGGGACUUUGGGCAGCUCAAUGACCAUACUGAGAAAAUGUACAUCAAGCAAAUAGUUGAACGGGUAGUUGAAACCCAUUCUAUUGAUACAGAUUACAUUGCGACAAUCACCAGUGUUCUUUCAGCCUCACAGAUGUAUAUGCGUACGAGACAGGAUGAAUGUAGUUUUGUGAGUCUGAGGGAUGUUGAGCGCUGCAUGCAAGUUUUCGGUUGGUUCUACAAAAACUACCCAAUGAUCUUCUCUGAGCUUGACCAGUUUGAAGGCAUUCAGCGGGCAGAGAGAAACGAUCAACAACAGGGGCAUGCUAAUAAAAGAAACCCGUUUCUUUGGUCGUUACUUAUGGCUGUUGGUGUGUGUUACCAUGCCUGCUUGGAGGAUAAAGAGAAAUUCCGAAGGAAAAUUUGCAGGUACCUUCCAGAGGCCUACAGUCCAAUGAAGGUGAUGCAAGAGAUCUCACUUAUUCAUGAUCUUUUUUUAAGUGGAGUUCCUUUGGGGGACACCAUUGCUCGAAACAGUGCCUUGAAGGAGAAUGUGUUCAUGAUGGUGAUUUGCAUUGAACUACGAAUACCUCUCUUUUUAGUUGGAAAACCUGGAAGCUCCAAGUCCCUGUCUAAAACUCUGGUUGCUGAUGGCAUGCAAGGCCAAGCAGCCCAUUCGGAUUUGUUCAGAAAGUUGAAGCAGAUCCAUCUUGUUUCCUUUCAGUGCAGUCCUCAUUCUACACCAGACGGAAUCAUCAACACAUUCAAGCAAUGUGCUCGUUUUCAGGAAGGCAAGAAUCUAACAGAGUAUGUCUCAGUAGUAGUACUAGAUGAGAUUGGCUUGGCUGAAGAUUCCCCCAAAAUGCCUCUGAAAACUUUACAUCCUUUGCUAGAAGAGGGAUGCAUAGAUGAUCAGCCAGUACCCCACAAGAAAGUGGGUUUCAUCGGUAUCUCAAACUGGGCUCUGGACCCAGCCAAGAUGAACAGAGGAAUAUUUGUUUCACGUGGCGAUCCUGAUGAAAGGGAGUUAAUCGAGAGCGCAAAAGGAAUAUGUUCCUCGGAUGCCAUGAUCCUUGACAGGGUGAGAGAGUACUUUCAGCCAUUCGCCCGUGCUUACCUGAACAUCUGUAAGAAACAGGGAAAAGGUUUCUUUGGUCUUCGAGACUACUACAGCUUGAUCAAGAUGAUGUUUGCUGUAGCCAAAGCUGCUGAUCGGAAGCCGAGUGCUGACCAGAUCGUGAAGGCUGUGUUGAGGAACUUCAGUGGCAAGGACAAUGUCGAUGCUGUCAAAGUUUUCACCAGCAGACUAAAUAUCACACCAAAGCUUGAGAAUCUCAGUGCCAUUGAGCUUGUAAGAGAAAACAUCACAGCCAUUGGUCAAGAUGAGGAAUGCAGAUACCUACUUGUUCUGACCAAAAACUAUGCAGCCCUUCGAAUACUACAGCAAACGUAUUUUUCAGACCAGCAACAUCCAGAGAUUAUCUUUGGGUCAAGCUUUCCAAAAGACCAAGAAUACACUCAGAUAUGUCGCAACAUUAACCGUGUCAAGAUCUGUAUGGAAACUGGUCAAACCAUUGUCCUUCUGAACUUGCAGAACUUGUACGAAAGCUUGUAUGAUGCUCUCAACCAGUAUUACGUGUGCCUUGGAGGUCAGAAAUAUGUGGAUUUGGGACUUGGAACCCACAGAGUCAAAUGCAGAGUGCACAAGGAUUUCAGGCUCAUUGUCAUUGAGGAGAAGGACAUCGUGUACAAGCAGUUUCCCAUUCCACUGAUCAACAGAUUGGAGAAACAUUAUCUUGACAUCAAUACUGUGCUAAGUAGGGAGCAGAAGGACCUUGUUCAGAAGCUCGAACACUGGGUCGAGUGCUUCAUUGCUGCUCGAAGCAAGCAUUCAGUUGUUCCUCAAGCGCGGCGCUAUUGUCCAGCGGAUGUGUUCAUUGGAUACCACUCAGACACAUGUGCAUCUGUUGUACUGCAAGUCACAGAGCAACUUAAAGGGCAAAUGGAGUUCUCAGAUCCUAGAAUCAUAGAUGAGGCUAAAUGGAUCCUUUUGAACUGUGCAACACCAGAUGCUGUUGUUCGGCUAGACUGCACUUCCCUCUCCAGUGUGGACAUUGACCACUUGUCAAGGGUAUACUUCGAAGACCAGAAGCAUAGUUCCCUUGCUGACUUCAUCCUUUCCCACACACAGCAAGCAGGGCCUAGCCAGAUCAUUUUUACAGAGGUGACGACUUUCUCAAGGCUUCUGACCGCAUCUGAAACUGAACAGCUACAGAAUACCGUCCAAAACAUAGAGCUCCUCUCUUUACAGCAGUUUGACACAGAACACUCAUUCCUCAAGAAAAUCAAAAAUUACUUGGAAAGCACCACUGGGGACAAGAUUCUUCUCAUCCAGAGCGAUUUUGAUGAAGGCUCCCAAAGUGCUAAUGUCAUUGCAUCUGCAAAGUAUUCCUCUAUCAAUGAAAUCAACAAGUUCAGGAAAGAGAGCCAUGGAAAGAUUUUUUUGUACUUCAUCACUAAACUACCAAGAAUGGACGGCGGAACUUCUUACAUCGGAUUUCAUGGCGGCCCAUGGAAGUCGGUCCACGUAGAUGACCUCAGAAGAUCGAAAGAUAUCGUCUCUGAUAUAAAAGCCUUGCAGUGUCUGACCAUCAGCCAGCUGUUUCAAGAGAAAGCAGGGAAAGCAACUGAGCCUGAAGCUUCGGAGGUUGAGGAAAUGUACGCAGAAGAAGAAGAAAAGAUGGAAGUAGAAGACAAUACUGUCUGGGAGAGUGUUGUGGACACCACAGCACUGCUGCGUAGCUGCGUUCAGAGUGCAGUUGGCAUGCUGAGAGAUCAGACGGAGACGGGCACUCGCAGCACUAAGAGAUUAGAGAUUCUGCUCAUGCUCCUCGCUGACAAUCAGACUCUACAAGCUGAAUUCCUGAAGACGUUAAAGAAGCGAAUCCAUUCCUUGUUGAUCAUUCAAGAUGAAAACACAAUCUCUGCCAAUAGCUGGGUCUCCAAAGAAGCACUAAAUAUUGAUGCCUUGCAGGAGGGUGGAACUUUCAGACACGCUCUGUGGAGGCGAGUUCAAGCUGUGAUAACUCCCUUCUUGGCUCAACUUGUUUCAAUUAUUGAUCGGGACUGCAAUCUAGACCUCUUGCUGGACACGAACUCUGAGGAAUCCUUGAAGAAACUCUGGUUGAACAUUUUUGGAGAUGUCAAGUUGCUGGAUGUUCCUUGCCUGAAAAACAACUCAGAGAUGAAUACGAUCUUGGUUCAGAACUAUGUGGCAGUUGACAGGAACAUGGGUUGCACGAUGCCUUUCAGCUGGAGAAUUAAAGAUUAUCUAGAGGAACUUUGGGUCCACGCUUUACAGCGAGAAGGACACACUCUAAAGCAAUUUGAAAAGUUCUUUUGGAAAACCCCUUUAGGCAGAUACAUCUCUGAAGCAUCCCGUGAGAUGCAGAUGGAGUUCUUCCACAGGUAUCUUCAGGAUUUCCUCUCCAUGACCAUGAAUGUAACAUCUAAGGUGGAUCUUAAGCUCUUACGUGGAGCUCUUACCUGUGGUGUAAACGAGCUCCGAGAUGAUCAGGAAGCACGUGAGAGUGAAGUGAUUUCUCUGCCGUGGGUUCAUGCUGCCUACCAUCACUUCAAGAUCCGAGUACAGAACCUCUACAGGAUGAUCAGUAUAGAGCCAGAGAUAGGUCAGAUGCUUCUAGAGAACACCAGUGCAAGAGAGGGAGCAGAACUGGUAUUAGACGUGUACGCUGCUCUGGCCUGUAUUGAAUACCUGGAGCCCCAGACUCUAGAUGGAGAUGUUGAAAGUUUGGCCUGGCUUAGACGUGUCAAAAAGCUACAGGUGCCAGUUGAGCUGGUCUGCUGUGAGGAGAGUCUGCGGCACUAUGGACAGAGAAGCAAACAGAUAAUCACACUUGUCAAACACGGCUGGCAGCGUGUUCACUCACUGGCCUUGUUUGUGGAGCACAUGCUGCUGGGUGUAGGAGACGUGCACGUGAAACUCAGGCUGCUGGUUCUGGAGCACACUCGACGCCUAGCACAAGUCCUCGAACAGAAGUCAGACCUCAAGAAAAAGCAACCGUUUGAGGCAGUCAUCACCGUGCUCAAAACCUGCAAAGAUGAAGCCUCUCGGAGCAUUUUCAGGUUUGGCAUUCAGCUCUGUCCUGUGUGUAUGGGAGACCCUCAGGACCCUUUGAGUCUGCCCUGUGACCACAUCUACUGUCUAACCUGCAUUAAACAGUGGCUGGUGCCCGGUCAGAUGCACUGCCCUCUGUGUGUACAGGAAGUGCCUGAUGACUUUGAGCUCAAGGCCUCUGAGACUAUAAGGGGUCUCAUCCAUCAGAACUCAUUGUUCAGAAUGCGAUGUAAUGCUUUCUUCAUUGAUCUGGUGUCCACCGUGUGCUUCAAAGACAACACUCCGCCCAGCAAAGACAUCAUACACCACCUGCUGUCCCUCCUGAUGGUGGAGGUCAGCCUGCUCCCUCACAUCAGAGGACAAGACCGCAGGUUCUUGACAAAGGCUCUUUCUCCCUUCGAUGACUCUGUGGAUAAGAAUCCAGUGGUGCGUUCCGUGGUGCUGAAGCUCCUGCUCAAGUACAGCUUUGAUGACGUGAAGCACUAUCUUCAGCAACAUCUGACUGAAGUUGAGCAGAGCAACAUCAUUGAGAAGACUGAUAAAACUGAGCUUUAUUCUUUGUACAUAAACUGUUUGGAGGACUCCAUGUACGAUCGGACACAGUGGCACUCUGUCCGCAAGCGUCAGAUCUGUUUGCAGGAGGAAAGACAUUUUCUGCUGGAGUUUCUUCAGACUGACUCUGUCUCUGCACACACUGUAUCUGUAGAUCUCCUGCAGCGGCUAGCCAGAGUUCGGCUGUGUCUGGACACCACCGCUGAGCUGCUGGUCAACAGAUUGACUCCUGCUGGUGGACGUGGUGAUGAUUUGGCUUCUAGCCCAGAGUUCUACAAGAGUGUGGUUGAUCUGUGCUGCCGGAGUGGGAAUGACUGGUUCAGGGUUUAUCUCAUCAGAAAGAUCUGCAGUCUUCAUGGGGUUGAAUAUGUCCAGAAGCUUCUGCCACAAAAAGAGUUCAGGUGGCUGUUUCCUCAGGAGAUUCUUGAGUCGAAACAAGACGGCAGUCAGAUCGACCAGUAUCUAGCAUGCGGGAUGGGUUACAAAACGAUUCGAGAUGCAGUAGCCAAAGCCAUGCUAGACUGUAACAUGGACAGAAUACAGAAAUCCAUUGAGGAUUGCAACUGCACACCCAUGAAGAAAGCUGUUUAUCUGCUCAUGGCUUUGUUCAGAGAAGUCACCUCGCUGUACAGAAGUGAAAAGACCAACAUGCACCCUAAACCUGAGCAAUGUGUCGGCCUUGGGGAAUUUCUCAGAAGAUCAGACCUGUUUGUCAACAAUGAAAUGAGAGCGUUUGCUGAAGCGCUGGUGAUGAACGGGCUUUGUGCGCUGCGUGUACGGCCGCAGAUGACAGGCAGAGAGUUUGUGCUGCUGGAGGUCACAGUUCACAUGGCUGCAGUCCUGCUGUGUGGAAAUUUGCCUUUGCUGCAACCACUGCAGCGUUUGGCUCUGACCCCCAACAACAUGAUGGCUUCAUUCAUCCCCACUAUGCCUGAUGACAUGUUGGCUGUUGCCCAGCAGGCCAUGGGACAGCUUCAGUGGUAUUUCUGUCCUAAUGGUCAUCCGUGCACUGUUGGUGAGUGUGGUCGACCCACGGAGAUCAGUCGCUGUCCAGAUUGUAAUAUAGAAAUAGGUGGCACCAACCACAAUCCUGUUCUCGGCUUCCAGGUCAUGCAGAAACAAGAGGACCGUACUAAGUCAGGACACAUUCUGGGUGACGCCCAACGCCGAGACCAGCCUGACAUGCAGGACACCAAGAAUAUGUCACCUGCCCCCUUCGCUCUUCUCAGACUGCUCACACACGUGUCUCUGCUGUAUGGAGCUAAAACCCACCCUGAGAGCCUCAUUCAGAUGAUCAAGCCUGCUGUGCUCGAUCCGGCUUCAUUCCUCACGGCUCAUCUUCUGAAGGACAUGGAGCAGCUGAGCAGAGCUCUGGGUAAAGGUGUGGAUGAUGUGGUCAUUACCAUCCAUUUGACCAUCCACAGUCUACUGGAGCCCCAUCAAACCAGCCAGUGGCCUGCUUCUUAUGAUCCAAACCUUUCCACCAAAGAUGCAAGAAAUGCAUGGGAGAAUGCCAUGAAUACUGAUGUCAUCGCACAUCAACUGAAGGUUUUGGAGCAUCAGUUGAAGGAAGUGAAUGCUUUCAUCAGGGAAGAUGAUCGAGUGUCUUGUAAUCCUCUCAUGAAGUUGACGUUUGGGGAACCAGGACUGUUCCUGCGCUCUCUGCCCCAGAACUCCCUCAUCCAUAACUCAUCCAUCUGGAGCUGCAGGAGGAAGGUGUCCAUGUCCAGUCUGAGUCACGUUGUGGAGCAGAACAAUGGCCGAGAUGCUUUACCUGUGCUCUGGAGGUUCCUUCAGCGGGAAGCAGAGCUACGGCUGGUGCGCUUUCUUCCCGACAUCUUAGUCCUCCAGAGGGAUUUGGUAAAGAAGUUCCAGAACGUGACCGACCCGACCUACAGCACCAUACGAGAGUUCCUGCAAGAGCAGAAAGCAGAUUCACUCACUGCCUGGUAUGAGCAACGCGUCAAAAUCUUUUUGUCAACAUGGAACCAAAUCAGAGGAGCUCUGGCUACCACCGGAGAGAUCAAGCUGGCGUCUGAAUACACUCAGGAGGACUUGAGUCUGGAUACUGACCUGCAGGUGCUGCUGCCUCAGAGACGAGGUCUGGGCUUGUGUUCCACUGCCCUCGUCAGCUACCUCAUCAGCCUUCACAAUCACCUUGUGUACGCUGUAGAAAAACACACCGGAGAGGAGUCUGGUUACACGGUAAGCCCGGGUGACCUGACGGAGCUGCAUGUGAUCAGUUAUGAGUACGACCGAGAUCUGCUGCCUCUGGUGCUGGCCAACUGUCAGUACAGCAUGGAGCGCGGUCAGGAAACACUGCUGGAGUGUGACCUUCCCAAGAUUCAGCAGCAGAUUCUCACCCGCUUCCUCCAGGGCAAACCACACAUCACACUGAAUGGGAUUCCUACACUGGUCAACAGACAGGACAGAAAUUAUGAAAACAUAUUGAAAGAUGUGAAGAGCAAAGUUCAACAAGAGUGUCUGCAGCCUCUGACAGCCCAUGAUCUGGUGAAGGAGCUUCAGUCGCACAGUGACGUGUGUGAGGCGCUCUCUACAGUCCAGCUGGCUCUGGGUUUCCUGGCCAUGACGGGAGGAGAGGCUCACAUGCAGCUGGGCACCUAUCUGAAGGACGUGCUACAGAUGACAGAUCACAUGGGGCCGCACGUCUAUAAGGCAUUGAGCAGGUGCUGUCUGAAACACUGUGUGGCGCUGUGGCAGCUCCUCAGCUCUCUUAAAUCAGAGACAAUGCUCCGUCUGAAGAGGGACCCAUUUGUGGGAAUCAGCAAAGAGUACAAACAUCCUCUUCAAGAAGAACACAGGAGAAAGCUCACUAGUUUUUUCACCAAGUCCAGCGCUGAUGCCUUCCUGUUAGAGAUGCAUGAGUUUCUGCUUUUGGUCCUGAAGAACCCCAAAGCCCCGGACACAUUCAGGCCAGACUGGUGUCUGAAAGACACGCUUGUGUCCUACAUGGAGCGUAAAGAUGUGGACAUUCCUCCUGAGGUGGACGAGUUCUUCCCUGAAGAGAUCCUGCUCUCGCAAUACACCAACACAUGGGAGUUCUCGGUCCUUCUCAGACAAGAAAGAAACCAAAGAUAAAGUGCUGCCGUUGUCUUACCGUAUCGCUCAGAUCAGGGAAAGCUUCGUUGUGAUGUACAAAUGCCGUACUUCAGUGCCUUUCAUGCAGCGCUCCACACUGUGCUUCUGUAUUCUUCUUUCUCUACAGUGUUGUGUACUUUCUUAUUAUGUUAAACUCAUCUCUUGAUUAUUAACAAUUAUGUUAUAAUUUAUUCCAAAAUACAAAACAAUCAUUAAUCUGUUGCAAAAAUCGUUUUUCUUCUUACUUUAGAAUCCAUAAGAACGCUUGUAAGAAGUCAUUUCAAAUACACACUCCACAUCAUGAGUCCAGAACUGAACAAUCUUAUGAUGGUCUUAUGACCAACCUCAAGUUGUUUUUCUUUUUUUUUCUUUUUCUGUGAUAAAAACAUUGUUUUAUAUACCGAGACGUAUGCUGAAACGAUGCUGUGUGCAAAAUGUUUUUCUAUGACUAACAUGUGCUAAAAUAAAGUUGUGUUCAUAACAUGUU